UUGGCAUCAUCAUUUGUGUCGUGAAGAUUGAAACACCGUUCUUAAACUCCUUUAGCCGUAGCCAGUGCCAGGGUUUUGAAUGGGCAAUCUUCUUGAUUGAUUGAUUGCUUCUUCAUCCAAAAUGGGUUCAAUAAAAACAUUCUCUCCAUGCUCCCCACCCUCACAUUUUCAGAAUUUGAAAUCGUCAAAAAACUGUAACUCCUCAACUUCUUUGAAGCCACUACUAUGUUCCAUGAAUCCACUCAACAUCCACAGCAGGCACAAACUGCACAUCUCAUCAAAUAUCUGUUCUAAGUCACCAUUUCCUCAGAUACCCACUUCAAGUAUCUCCAAAAAAAACAACAAUUUCACCAGUUUUUUGUCUGAGAAGGUGCUGGUUUCCCUUGUUGGGGCCUUCAUUUUUAUUGGUUCUUUUGGUUUAAAUACUAGGCAAAGUUUGGCACUUCCGGCUCAAACAAGUGGUGGUAGUGUGAAUUUAGAGGGAAAGAGAGAUGCCCAGAUGGAGAAAAGUGAGGACGAGGAGAUGUAUGAGAAGGUUUUGGAGAAGGAGCCAAGGAAUGUGGAGGCAUUGAAGGUGGUUCUGCAUGGGAAGAUGAGGAGAGGACAGACUAAAGAGGCUGUGAAGUAUGUUGGGAGGUUGAUUGAGAUCGAGCCCGAGGAAGUUGAAUGGAGGCUUUUGGAGGCACUUUGUUAUGAGAUGAUGGGGCAAUUGAACAAGGCUAAAAGGUUGUUCAACGAAAUCUUGGAAGAGAGACCACUUUUGCUUAGAGCUUUGCACGGUUUAGCACUGGUUAUGCACAAAAAUCUUGAAGGUCCUGCUGUCUUUGAGAUGCUGAAUAAAGCUCUAGAAGUUGCCCAUCGUGAAAAAAGAGUAACUGAGGAGAGAAACAUUAGAAUUCUAAUUGCGCAAAUGCAUGUUGUCAAGGGGGAUUUUGAGGAGGCUUUGAAGAAAUUUCAAGGCCUGGUUAGCGACAACCCACGAGAUUUUCGACCUUAUCUUUGCCAGGGAAUAAUAUACAGUCUGUUGGAUAGAAAAGAAGAAGCUGCAGAACAGUUUGAGACAUAUCGGAGUCUUGUGCCUGAAGAAUUUCCACAAAGGAUAUUUCUUGAUGAUGUUGUAUUGGAAGCAAAAACCAAGUCCAGGGAGCGGUUUCAAAAGGAGUUUCAAGCUGAAUUCUCGUACAGGAAGUAAAGCUCCAACUUAUCUUUGCGAGUGUAUUGUACUUGGAUAAGAUGCUCAGAAAUUUUUAGCUAGAAAGUAAAUUUUGACAGCAAUAUACAGAGUAGUUACACUCAGAUGGUGAACUUAAAUGUGCUAUGGCUGCAAUUUGAGAUGGCAUUGGAUUAUGCGGUGACCGCAUUUGUCGAAGAGUCAAAUAACUAGUUCAUCAUUUGGAUAAAUAAUAUUUCAGUACAAUUUGAAGUUGUUCAAA